AUGCUUUCACCGUGGAGUGAAUCUGGAGCGACCGGCGUGAAGGUUUUCAAUGGCUCGCGUUUCCGGGCACGGACUCCAGGGCACGGACUCCAGGGCACGGACUCCAGGACGGACUCGGGCUCGGACUCCAGGGCUCGGACUCAGGGCACGGACUCAGGCACGGACUCCAGGGCACGGACUCCAGGGCACGGACUCCACACGGACUCCAGGGACGGACUCCAGGGCACGGACUCCAGGCUCGGACUCCAGGCUCGGACUCCAGGGCACGGACUCCAGGGCACGGACUCCAGGGCACGGACUCCAGGGCACGGACUCCAGGGCACGGACUCCAGGGCGGACUCCAGGGCACGGACUCCAGGGCACACGGGCCGGACUCCAGGGCGGACUCCAACGGAACUCCAGGGCACGGACUCCAGGGCACGGACGGACGACGGACCCAGGGCUCCACGGACUCCAGGGCACGGACUCCAGGCACGGACUCCAGGCACGCGACUCCAACUCCAGGACACGGACUCCCAGGCUCCGGACUCCAGGGCCACGGACAUUCCAGGGCACGGAACUCCAGGGCCCAGGGCACGAGGGCUUCCAGGGGACUCCAUGGCACCGGGCGGACUCCAGGGGACUCCAGGGCACGGACUCCAGGGCACGGUCCUCCAGGGCACGGACUCCAGGGGGCACUCCAGGGCACGGACCCAGGGACGGACUCCAGGACUCGGGGACGGACUCCAGGGCACGGACUCCAGGGACGGACGGACUCCAGGGACAGGACGGACUCCAGGGGACUCCACGGGGCACUCCAGGCACGGACUCCAGGGCACGGACUCAGGGCGGACUCCAUCCAGGACACUCGGAACUCCAGGCACGCUCCAGGGCUCGGACUCCAGGGCACGGGCGGGCACGGGGGACACAGGGCACGGACUCCAGGGCACGGACUCCAGGGCACGGACUCCACACGGACUCCAGGGCACGGGACUCCAGGCACGGACUCCAGGCACGGACUCCAGGCACGGACUCCAGGCUCCAGGGCACGGACUCCAUCCAGGGCACGGACUCCAGGGCUCGGACUCCAGGGCACGACUCCAGGACUCCAGGGCUCGGACUCCAGGGCACGGACUCCAGGGCACGGACUCCAGGCUCCAGGGCUCGGACUCCAGGGCACGGACUCCAAGGCACGGACUCCAGGGCACGGACUCCAGGGCACGGACUCCAGGGCUCGGACUCCAGGGCACGGACUCCAGGGCACGGACUCCAGGGCACGGACUCCAGGGCACGGACUCCAGGGCACGGACUCCAGGGCACGGACUCCAGGGCACGGACUCUUGGGGGAGGUCAUGCAAUAUGCAAAUGCUGUCGUGA